AAAAAACUGGAAAUUUCCGAUAUAUACCAAUCUUGCAAGAUUAUGGAUAUUUACAAUAACAACAUCAUUUUGACAAAACAAAUAGACAAAAUGGAUUCAACCCAAACAUUUUAUUUCACGUGUCAUAACAAAACAAUAAAAAACAAUAAAUAUUGUUGUAACAAGGUGCACGAAAGGGUGAAAAAUUAAAAAGAAGGGUGGGAAAAAAUUGAGAAGCACACAUAGAGCAACAAAAUAAAGCAUCAAAGAGGCUCUAGGAUUAGGGCUUUGGUCUCUCAUUCAUUGACACUAUCUCCACACGAAGGCAGCAGACUUUAAAUCUCUGGCCCAUUAUCUCCUCUGCUUAGCUUCAGCUCCUGCCACUUUCCCUGUCCCUUUCCCUUCAUCAAAGUAGGUCUGGGUUUUUUUUCCUUUAUCUUCAUUUAUCUAUGUGUACGUUGGAUUGUUGAGUUUGUUGAGUUUUUCUCUGUUUAAUGAAUGUUAAUGGAAGGUGAGUAUAUAUGAUGGGGGAGAGAAUCCCACCCGGGACUUACUUUCAGUAUCCGCCUUCUGGAGUCCCUGCUUCUCCUGAUAGGCCUUCUGUUCUUCAUACAGAUAGUGAAAGAUAUUUAGCUGAAUUAUUGGCAGAGAAACAGAAGUUGGGACCUUUUACGCAAGUUCUGCCUCUAUGUACCAGGCUUCUUAAUCAAGAUUGUUAUCGUGGAUUCAUCGUGAUGAGUGCACUGUCGAGAUCAGAAGGGUCUCAGGUCUUAAUCCUAGUUUUGUGGAUCAUGAGAGAUUUGAGCAUGAUAGUCCUUUUAGGAAAAUGGGCAACUGCAAAGAGUUGCUCCAGUUCAAGCUGCAUCAAUGGGUUGGCCUGGUUUGCCAGGAGUCCCUACUACACCAAUUGUGAAGAGAGUUGUUAGACUUGAUGUACCGGUGGAUGAAUAUCCAAUUUAUAAUUUUGUUGGCUGAAUUAUGGGACCACGAGGAAACUCCCUGAAUAGAGUUGAAGCCGUGACAGAGUCUAGGGUCUACAUAAGAGGCAAGGUUUCUGCCAAGGAUUCUGUAAAGGAUGAAUCCUUGGAUAACUAUAAGAAACAACAGCUUAGGGAGUUGGCUUUGCUAAAUGGUACCUUAAGGAGGGAAGAAAGCCCCAGAAUGAGUCCGAUUAUGUCUCCCUUUAACAGUACAGGAAUGAAGCAGGCCAAGACAGGAAGAUAACCUUAGACAUUGAUGAUAAAUCUUUGUUUCUUGCUGGUUCACUGCAUCUGAUCAAUUGAAAUCCUGAUGGCUUCGUGAUGGAUUUAUUGAGUCAGGAAGAGCUAAGUCAAACUCCUAUCAGCUUUGGGCAAUGGUGGUUUUGCAUCUGGGUUACCUUCUCCAAUGAUCUCUGUUCUUUCAUGGAUCAUUCCCCAUAAGGUUGACUUCUCUUACUUCAUUACUUAAAAAUAACCUAUUCCAUAAUUAUUUUAGCCAUGUUCCUUCCUCUUCUGGGUCUCGUAACCUCUUAAGUGUUCUCGAAAAUUCUUUGUACUGACAAUCUUACAAUAUUUCAUACAUAUUUCUGGCCUUGAUAUACAAUCAGUCAUUGUAUUUUAUUUUAACUUAAUAUCUUGUUUAUUUUACAUGUAUUGGUUUUUAUCAAUUGUUGCAAUCAUAAACCAUUUAACUCACAAAGUUCAGGUGCUUCAUCCUGCCCUAGCUGCCUGGUGAUUAGCUGAUUCCACAAGAAAACUUGAAACUCUACAGGCAGCCAUGGCUGGUACUAGAGUGUCUAAAUAGUUUUCCCCUUUAUUUAAUCAAGGAAAUUAUCUCUCCCCCCAAUUUCGAAUAAGGGUUUUGAGGUUCAAUUAUUCUAUGGUACAGACUUUAAGCCACAAGAAAUUGUCAGAUUAACUAUUUUUAACUUAUUAUUUUAUCAUUAAAUUGUAGCAGGAAGGAAAUCAAGGCUACUCAACCGUUGUAGGAUCAACAUAUCAUUAUCUCUAAAAAUGUGAAUGAAUAUAAAAAUCAUUCUUUAUAAACAGUGAACUAACACCUUUCAAACAGCUUGUACAAAAUGCUAUCCAUCCCCAUUCGAAGUAGGCU